CUCUUCCAAUCCUCCUCCUCCUCCCACCGCUUUCCUCUCUCCCUCUCUCUCCCUCUCCCCGUCCACCCCCGCUGUGGCCCGGACCACGGAAAGACCGGACCCCCCGGCCCUCCUCUGCCCCCCACCCGGGCCAGUUCUUCCUUCUCCUCCUCCUCCUUCCCGGCCCCUGCCGCCUUGCCAAAAUGCCCCCUUCCUCCCUUGGUGUGUCCCCUCCACCCCUCGCCUUCCCGGCGCUUUUGUCCCCGUCCCGGGCCCUCUGACCGUUGCUCAGCCGGCUGGUGACCGAUGGGCGAGCGGGGCGCUGACCGCAGCCCGUCUGUGAUUUCGUUUUUAAGAAGAGGGAAGAGGUUGAGCCCAAACGGAGGGAACUAACUGCCUCGGAUCUGCUCGGGGCCUGAACGCCAGUCUCCUUCUCAAGCUCUUGAGUGAACAAGUUCCAUCUUCCUUGCCCUCUUCUCCUUUUCUUCCUUCCCUCUCUUCCCCCCCCCGCCCCAUCCUCCCAAAUCCCAUCCCCAUUCUCAAUCAUUUUGCCUCCCUCACAUCAAGUUGGCAGUUUGCUGCUCCAUCUGUUGCCGAAAACCCUUGGUUGGAACGGAAAACGGCCGUUUGGGGACGGCUGCCGGAAGGAAAUGCUAGAGAUUGAAUUUUUCAUCUUGACGUUCGCACUUCACUCUCCUCUGACUGAGGGACUCGGUCUCAGCUCAAGAAUCGACUCUCGGUCCUCAUUUCAAUUUCAAAAGUUUGGGGGACUGAGUCUUGUCUCGUCUGAGUCUUGGGGACCGGUACCGAGACUGUCAAGAUGGAUGUUCCUGAGAAAAAGAGGGCUAGUUGACCUCAAUUAGAGACUUUAAUAAAACCUCCAAAUGAAAGAUUUUAUUUGGAUGGUCAAUAACUGAUUUACAGGGAACUGAGCAUCCUUUCUCUUUCAAUUUAAAUGUCGGUGCCCCGAGAGGAGUUACAGUUACUUGAGAAGACUAAGUGGAGCCCGAUUUGUUCCAGACUCGCUAAUUGAAAUCCCGGCGGCCAUACAGAAUCGGAGAGGAUGGCCGGGGCCGCCGGACCAGGACCCGCCGCCUCAGCCACCCCCGCCUCAGCCACCGUCGCCUCAGCCACCGUCGCCUCAGCCACCGUCGCCUCAGCCAGCAUCGCCUCAGCCAGCGCCUCGGCCGGGGACGAGUCGUCCGACAGCGAAGCGGAACACGAGGGGCCCCAGAAGCUGAUCCGCAAAGUGUCCACCUCCGGACAGAUCCGGAGCAAGACAAGCGUUAAAGAAGGAAUACUAUUAAAGCAAACCAGUUCUUUCCAGAGGUGGAAAAAACGUUACUUCAAACUCCGAGGCCGAACGCUCUACUACGCUAAGGAUUCAAAGUCUCUAAUAUUUGAUGAAGUUGACCUGUCAGAUGCCAGCGUAGCUGAGUCAAGCACAAAGAACGUUAACAACAGCUUCACGAUAAUAACCCCAUUCAGAAGACUGAUAUUGUGUGCCGAGAACCGAAAGGAGAUGGAGGAUUGGAUCAGCUCACUUAAGUCUGUACAAUCCAGAGAACAUUAUGAAACGGCACAGUUUAAUGUGGAACAUUUCUCAGGGAUGCAUAACUGGUAUGCGUGCUCCCAUGCCCGACCUACUUUUUGCAACGUGUGCAGAGAGAGCCUCUCUGGAGUCACCUCCCAUGGCCUGUCUUGCGAAGUGUGUAAAUUCAAAGCACACAAAAGAUGUGCUGUCAGAGCAACAAAUAAUUGCAAAUGGACCACCUUAGCUUCCAUUGGGAAGGAUAUCAUUGAAGAUGAAGAUGGUAUAGCUAUGCCCCACCAGUGGCUAGAGGGCAACUUGCCCGUCAGUGCUAAAUGUGCAGUCUGUGACAAGACCUGCGGAAGCGUUCUGCGCUUGCAAGAUUGGAAGUGCCUUUGGUGUAAAGCUAUGGUGCACACUGCCUGCAAAGAUCUGUAUCCUCGCAAGUGUCCGCUUGGCCAGUGUAAGGUAUCAAUCAUACCUCCAACUGCACUUAACAGCAUAGACUCUGAUGGGUUUUGGAAAGCAACGUGCCCACCAUCUUGUGCAAGCCCUCUGUUAGUUUUCGUCAAUUCUAAGAGUGGAGACAAUCAGGGAGUAAAGUUUCUUCGGCGAUUCAAACAAUUGCUAAAUCCAGCUCAGGUGUUUGAUUUAAUGAAUGGAGGACCUCAUUUAGGCUUACGUUUAUUUCAGAAGUUUGACAAUUUCCGGAUUCUUGUGUGUGGAGGAGAUGGAAGCGUUGGUUGGGUUUUGUCUGAAAUCGAUAAACUCAGCUUGCACAAACAGUGUCAGCUGGGAGUCUUGCCUCUUGGUACCGGAAAUGACCUGGCCCGAGUUCUCGGCUGGGGUGGGUCUUGUGACGACGACACCCAGCUUCCACAGAUCUUGGAGAAGUUGGAACGGGCCAGUACAAAAAUGCUAGACAGGUGGAGUAUUAUGUCUUAUGAGCUCAAAUUGCCAACGAAGGCCUCUAUUCUUCCGGCCACUCCAGAAGAGGAAUCUGAGGAAUGUCAAAUGUCAUCUUAUGAGGACUCAGUUGCUGCCCAUCUUGCAAAAAUACUAAAUUCUGAUCAGCAUUCAGUAGUCAUAUCAUCUGCCAAGGUAUUAUGCGAAACCGUAAAGGACUUUGUAGCCAAAAUCGGGAAGACAUAUGAAAAACCAGUGGAGAACACAGACGAAGCAGACGCCAUGUCCGUUAAAUGCUCAGUACUGAAUGAGAAACUUGACCAGCUGCUCCAGGCGCUCCAUGCCGAAGCCCAAGCCUCACCAGCUCCCCCGACCAUCAGCCCCCCCAUUGUAGAGGAAGAACCCGGGGACUUUUCAAGUGAAGACUCCUCCCUGACAGACAGUAAAGAACAGCCUUUGGAGGGCAUCACAAAAUCUUCCACGCAGAAAAUCUUCAAACCAAGGGAGUUGAUGUUGCGAGCAAACAGUUUAAAGAAAGCAGUGAGGCAGAUCAUUGAACAAGCUGAAAAAGUUGUGGAUGAGCAGAACAGUCACACGGAAGAUCAAGGGAUCCAAUCUCCUCCCAUAGAUGAUAGUAAAGAAGCAGAUGAAUUUAAAGAAGAUGAUAAAGAUGAUGAUGCAAAAGAGUGUCUAUCUGCUAAAACUGCACCUCGAUCACCUGAUAGGCGUACAAGUGGAGUGUUUUCCCAGCCUAGUUCUGUCUCUGGCCCAGUCACGGCAGCCAACAAAGAAAAUCUCCCUGUGCUUAACACCAGGAUAAUCUGCCCAGGUUUAAGAGCGGGAUUAGCUGCCUCAAUUGCCGGGAGUUCAAUUAUCAGCAAGAUGUUACUCGCAAACAUCGAUCCAUUUGGGGCUACGCCAUUUAUUGACCCAGACCCAGAUUCACUAGAAGGAUAUUCAGAAAAAUGUGUCAUGAACAAUUACUUUGGAAUUGGAUUAGAUGCCAAAAUUUCAUUAGAAUUUAACAAUAAGCGAGAGGAGCAUCCAGAGAAAUGCAGAAGUCGGACUAAAAACAUGAUGUGGUAUGGCGUGCUUGGAACCAAGGAGUUAUUGCAGAGGACUUAUAAGAAUUUGGAACAAAAAGUUCAGCUCGAGUGUGAUGGACAGUAUAUUCCCCUCCCAAGCCUACAAGGCAUAGCUGUACUAAACAUCCCAAGUUACGCUGGCGGAACUAAUUUCUGGGGUGGAACUAAAGAAGACGAUAUAUUUGGUGCCCCAUCAUUUGAUGACAAGAUUUUGGAGGUCGUGGCGGUUUUUGGGAGCAUGCAGAUGGCAGUUUCAAGAGUCAUUAAACUACAGCAUCACCGAAUAGCUCAAUGUCGGUCAGUAAAGAUCACCAUUCUUGGAGACGAAGGGGUUCCGGUACAAGUUGACGGAGAGGCCUGGAUCCAGCCCCCGGGGAUCAUUAAAAUCGUACACAAAAACCGAGCCCAGAUGCUAACGAGAGACAGGGCGUUUGAGAACACCCUGAAGUCUUGGGAAGAUAAACAGAAGUACGAUACUUGCAAGCCUGCCCUCCGACCUCAUCUGUACCCACAACAGGCCGUUGAUUUGGCAACGGAAGAAGAGGUGUCACAGAUGCAGCUGUGUUCACAGGCGGCAGAAGAACUCAUCACCAGGAUCUGUGAAGCGGCAAAGAUCCACAGCUUGUUGGAACAGGAGCUCGCUCAUGCUGUCAAUGCCUGUUCUCAUGCAAUGAACAAGGCCAAUCCAAGAUUUCCCGAAAGUCUUACCAGAAACACUGCCAUUGAAAUAGCUGUCAAUGUGAAGGCACUCCACAAUGAAACAGAGUCUUUACUAGUCGGAAGGGUUCCUUUGCAGUUGGAAUCUCCCCAUGAAGAGCUGGUAUCUACUGCCUUACACAGCGUGGAGGUGGAACUGCAGAAACUAACGGAGAUUCCGUGGCUUUAUUAUGUUCUUCAGCCAAAUGACGAUGAGGAUCCUCCUCUGGAAUAUGUUAAAAGAAACAACCGAAGUACAGUGUUUCGCAUAGUGCCAAAGUUUAAAAAGGAAAAAGUUCAGAAGCAUAAGUCCAGCCCUCAACCUGUUCAAAAGUGGGGCACAGAUGAAGUUGCUGCUUGGCUGGAUCUGCUCAGUUUGGGAGAGUACAAAGAAACCUUCAUCCGCCAUGACAUCCGAGGGGCUGAGCUUUUGCACCUGGAAAGGCGUGAUCUUAAGGACCUGGGGAUAACGAAAGUGGGUCAUAUGAAGCGAAUUCUCCAGGGAAUUAAAGAGCUUGGAAAGGGCACUCCAUUGGCUGAGGUGUGAUCAUUCUGGUGCUAUCGAGGGAGAUCUGCAAGUUUAUGCAAAACGCUCAGGCCCCGGCAGGCCUUGAAGUUUACUAUGUGGAUAAAGUCAGCAGGGUAAAACGCUUGAUUUGAGAUACAGGAAUAGGUUUUGUGCCAAACAAAGUACAUUCCGUGAAGCCGUUUCUUGUUGUGCUAGCCCGAUACGUUCAAAUAUGCUUAUAUUGUAUUGGUAAAAUAUUAGGAGGAUGGCAGCCUGCAUUCGCUGGAGAAGGCAACUACGAAAUGAUGAAUUUCCCCUCCACCUGGUCUGAUAUCAACCUCUUUCAGUGCAACAACAUAUCACUCUACGGGAAAGGGUUUUCAGGGUGGCCUAUUCUGAGGCACAGCUUCUUCCUAAGGAUAUCACAUCAGAAGAUUGAGAUUCCGCCAGUGCGGUUUUGCAUGUGAGACUGUCGUCGCCUCAGGUACCUAACGUUCACUGGUCAAGGAAUAUGGUUAAGAAACCUUGUGUACUCUGAACGCAAGCUCUAAUGCAUGGUGUUCCUGCCUGAAUUGUCUUUUUUUUUUUUUUUUGGUUGCAUGACAUAUCAGAUACUUUAAAACUUGAAGAAUUCAGUUUUAAUUUAUUAUUAGCCGAGUGUCGCGGUGAGAGGCAUUUUUCUAUUCUUAAGGCUGUACUUUGCAUCAACAUUCUUUGGCGAAGAACUUAGAUGUGAACAUGUUGUGUUUGUGCCAUAUUCAGAAAAUGAUGUGCAUUUUACUUAAGCUUGCUGUUUUUCCAUCCAUGACGUUACAUAGGUCGGUUAAGGAACUUCUUUGUGGAUUUUGAUAAGCCCCGUUCCUUCACAAAACCCUUUACUCUGCUUUCCUAAGCCAAAAAUUCCAUGAGUUUCGUCAUGGUUCUUGCCAACAUGGGAACCAUUAUCCUAUUCCAUGUAGAUAUUUGCUCUACAUACAGCACACUGAACAGUUCAUACAGUUUUUUGUAAAGCAUAAUGCUAUCACAAACAUUGUGUGCUCCACACAUUUAGUUGUGUGUGUACAGCUGACCACUGUGAUAAAAAUAAGUAGAGUUCUGACCCAAGAAUGAACAUUUCCGUACGGCUUCUAGUUCACUGAGGAUGCUCAGUUAACACCGAAGAACAAUUUGGACAGGAGGCAAGUUUGACAUUGAGUAACCAUUGAUUUCCCAGAUAAUUAUUUGUCAAUUGUGUUCAAAUCAAAGCAUUUAUAGAAAGGGAAAUUAAAAUUACCAUAAAAUAUAGACAGAAGUGAAAUUUAAAUUUGUGACACUUAAUUUUACAUGAUUUGCCUAAAGCCGGUACUUUUCAAAUCUGUUUGGAUGGGCGCGGAGCCAGAAAUGAAGCUGCUGGUUCCCAGGUGGCAGAUGGAUAAAUGGUGUUACGAGUUUAUUUCGUAACGAGUCAGAUCUGUGAGCAGAUGCUAAUUUAUCUCAAAGCAUGUUUGUCAUGUUACUGCCAGAGAACAGGGGCCAAAUAGUUUAAAAUAAGGGUCACCGAAAUUACUCAAUGUUAAAAGGAGCUUGUUUCCAUAACUACUAUUUUCCCCUUAUCCCUAAAUGGCCACCAUUCUAUCGUUUACAAUUUCCCCCCAACCCGCACUCCCUCGGGGCUGUGAUCUUGUUUCCGGGAGCUUAGAAAAGCAGGGAAAACUCAUUUCUAAAAUCUCAAAUAGAAAAUGUUUAAAAACGAGACAUUUGGCAUUUACCAGCCGUGUCUAAGUGAAACUUUAUGCCGCAUUGAAAAAGUUAUUUUAUUUUUAAGCCAUUGGAAAUGUGUAGAGCAGAAUUAACAAACAAAACUAUUGAAAAACUACUCAACGUCGAUCCCUUUAACUUCCUUCAGGUGACCUCUGUUGUACUGGAAAUUUUAGGGAUUUUUGCCCUCUUAUCCAUCUUCAAAAUUUGCAGCUUCAUAAAGAAAGCGACCUCAUUGGUAAAUGGCUGGCCUCCAAGUAGAAUUAAUCUUCAUCUGAGGAUCCCGAAGCAGCUCCGCGGAGGGAUUAUAUUUGCUUUCACCAUUCUGAGGGUUGAUAUACUUGUACGGAAGGGAGCGGGCGUUCCUGCAGCGUGAAGCUUUUUCGGUUUUCACAUCAUUUGUAUUGUCCUCUCCCAAGCGCUUAAUACAGUGUUCUGCGCUCAGUAAAUAUGAUUGAAUGAAUCAUUGGGAAAGCUGUAGCCAUAGCUCUGUCCGUGGCUGACACUGUUUGAACACUUGGACUGAGCAGGGAGGAGCCUAAAACCGUUUCUCCACCCAUAAUGUCGUACUGCUCUUGGGUGAAUCGUCACCCUUGCCUUGUUUUCAAGAUUUCAAAAUCGUGAGCCUUUUCGGGGCCAAGGACCCGGUCUAAUUCUCAACCGUGUGUUGUUCUUUUUGUUUUGUUUUGUUUUCCCAAUGCUUUGCACACCGGCGUGUGAUAGCAUCGUGACUUAGUUGUACAUCGCGCAUUCAGUCAGAAAGAGAUUGUCAGAUUCUUCCUGGUGAAAGGAUUGGAUAAAUAGUAGGGGGGUGCACUAUUCAGGCCAUCUGUAAAUUAUUGAUCUAGUGCAUUGAAUGUUGGUGAUGGUCUGGAAGUUAGUGUAUGCCCCUCUCCUCACUCUCCCCCUCCCGUCCCCCGUCCACUGAGAGAAUAUUUUGUCACGUGUCGGGCAGGAACCUCCCCGAUCAUUAUUUCAGCAAACAAAUUCACUGGAACCUUUGCUAAAUUUGUUUUGGGAAACUGCCAUUACAGUCAGAUUAAUCGUAACCUAACUGCCAGAAGCUCUGUUUCAAAUACCUGAGCACUUUGAAAGUCUGAAUAGAAGCGCACUGUCAAUUUUGUAAAGGAUAUUUUCCCUAGGGACCCAGGAGAGCAAACUUGUAUGUGAAACCGGAUUUGAAAUUCUAGGUAUCAGAUGGUACAUAUGCUGCCUUUGCAAUCUGGAAUUCUUUUUCAAGAGACAGUGUGGUGGUAAAGAAAUGUGAAGAUUCCCCAUUUUUAAUUGUGUAAAAUCAACUUGAUACUACAUUUCUGCUUGUUUCCUCUUUUGCCUCUUUCAAGCAGUUUGGGUUUUGUUUUGGUUUUUUUUGUAGAAUGUAAAGAUGGAAGCCAGGGAUGGGGAGGGGUGUGUUUGGGGAAGGAGUGUGUGCACUUGCGUGCAUGCCUUUCUUUAUCAAAGACCAAAGCUUGGAGGAAACCCCUUUUCAUCCAAGCUUUGGUCUUUGAUAAACUCUUAAAAAAAAAAAAAA